AUGUCCAUUUCCAUCCCCGAAGGCGAUGAUAUGAAGACACAGCUCGAUCGCAUCGCCCGCUCAAAUCGCACCCAGUACGAGAAGCGAGUCUGGUCCGCCCUGUGUCAAGUACCCAAAGGCCAGGUCACAACAUACGGCAUAUUGGCAGCCCACCUCAAGUCUUCGCCCCGUGCCGUCGGCAACGCUUUGCGCCGCAACCCAUUCGCGCCACAGGUCCCGUGUCAUAGAGUCGUCGCCACCGGCGGGGCUCUGGGAGGCUUCAAGGGCAAGUGGCCCAAGGACGGAGAGGGUAUCACUCUUGAUGAGAAGAGGAUGCUCCUGAGGAAGGAAGGCGUCAAGAUUGAUUCAAGCGGGAGAGUCUUGGGCUCGCCGUUUUUGGCAUUUAUCUGA